UUGCGUUGCGUGUUUUUUCUUCAUCCGUGACUGAUGCAAGCUAUUCUGCAAAGCCCAGAGCUGUGUGUACCUGACUAGCGCUCGGGAAUGCGAAAAAACAUAGACACUCUGUUUAAAUCGUUGUUAUCUGGGGGAUAUUUCGUAAAAAGCCCCCUUGAAGGAGAGGCGGUAAGGUUUUUUUGUCUCUCUAUACCGUUGUUCACAACAACUGGCAAAGCGGAGAUGGACCUGCACAUUUUAGAUCACAGGCUCAAAGUAACUAGUAUCUGUAAGGACGGAUUGGUGAAUUUUACGCACCCACUAAUCAAACUCAUAUUUCUCCGGAAUAGGACGAGAUGCAAGUUCUUCAGCCUGACUGAGACCCCCGAGAAUUACACAGUGGUGCUUGAUGAGGAAGGAUUCUCAGAGCUCCCAUCCUCUGAGUUCCUGCAGGUUGAGGGCUCUACCUGGCUGCCACUCAACGUGGCGUCCAAUGGCCAGGCUUCCAGCAGCUCCCAGGCCGUGGGCGUCACCAAAAUCGCCAAGUCUGUCAUUGCCCCAUUGGCCGAGCAGCACGUGUCUGUCUUCAUGCUCUCCACCUAUCAGACUGACUUCAUCCUGGUGCGGGAGAAGGACCUGGCGGUGGUGGUGCACACCUUGGAGGAGGAGUUUAACAUCUACAGGGAGGUGGGUGGAGAAUCCGUACCUGUCCACAGCCAAGACGUGCGCAACGGUCUCCAGAAAAAUGGGAAAGAAGCCAUCCACCCCACGGUGCACCCAGUGCUGAGCCCACAGAACCGGUUCUGUGUCAUGAGUCUGGACCCGGACACCCUGCCUGCCAUCGCCACCACGCUGAUCGAUGUGCUCUUCUACUCCAACGGUCCGAAAGAGGGCUCUCCGCCCAACCAGGACCUGGACUGCAUAAAGUUCUUCUCGUUCUCCCUGAUCGAUGGCUACGUCUCGAUCGUCAUGGACACUGAAGCACAACGCCAGUUCCCUGCAGACCUGCUGUUCACCAGCUCCUCCGGGGAGCUGUGGAGGAUGGUGCGCAUCGGGGGGCAGCCGCUCGGCUUCGAUGAAUGCGGUAUUGUGGCCCAGAUCUCCCAGCCGCUAGCGGACAGCGACAUCUCGGCGUAUUACAUAAGCACUUUCAGCUUUGACCACGCUCUGGUUCCUGAGGAGGACAUCAUCAGUGUGAUUGACAUGCUACAUCAGCAGAGGAACGAGCCGGCCUGUUGAGGGAAAAACUCCUGAGGAGAAUAAAAACCCCUACCCCCUCCCCUUGGAGCAGAGAGGGUCAGAUGGAGCUGUAGACACAACUUCUGUGCCUAGAACUAGCCCUGCAGCAAAAGCAGUAUUAUCUUUUUCACCAGUUGCCACGACCACCAAAGCGCUUCCAUGGAAGGUGCUGACCUGAGGAGCCUGUUUUUGAACCCCACCCCCAGCAUUUUGUUGGUGGUCGUGCUGUACUCGGAAGCACUGAACUUUUCUCGUUAUUUGAGUCUUCACUGCAGUGCACAGUGCUACGUCUGAGACUUUCAGCCAGGCCAUGGUGGAGCUCACGGUAAGGUUCAGAACCCACGAGAGCUAUGAGUUGGCCGGGAAAACUGUCUCGCCUCCAGGAGAGAAUUUGCUCAAAAUGUCAAUGCGCUCUACAGUCCACAGUCUUGGGCACUCCUGACUAAGUCAAAUCUUUGAGGAAAUUAAAACCUUUUACAAGUGCACAGUCUCAGAUAAAGCUAAAUAUCAUAAAAAUAUAGUAAAGUAAAGUAAAAGAAACAUGUUUAGUACCCAUUUCAUGGUCCCUUACUCUCAACAGGGACUUUUACAAGGGUUUGAAAUUAGUUUGUUCUUGAGGUGCAUUUUCCUUAGUAAUGACUUAAAAAAUGCAGCGUUUUGUACACAACCUCAUAAGCUUUUGUACAACUAUGACUCCCCAGUUCCAAAUUGUUGUAUGUUUACAUGCAUCUGGAAAAUAUGAUUUUGUUUGCCAGAGAUGACAUGAUGUUUUUCAGGUUAAAUAACUUAUUUUGAUGCUGCAUAUAUUUCCGUAAGCUCGAAAACAUGCAAGGAGAUUGCCUCCUUGUUCUUUUUUUCCUCACCCUGACCUACAAUUGUUUUUCUUUAAUUGUAACUUGCAUUACCAAAUAUAAUUAAAUUUCUUUGUAUAGGCAUACAUAUUACAUCCAUACAUGGCACUCUUUGAUUUGAGCCAUCAUACCUGUCACAUGGAAAAUAUUUGCUUCAUUAUUUGGAAACCAGAGCAAUCCUCUGAAUAAUUCCUUUUCCAAGUAAUCCCAAUGUUUCAUUUCUGGAUUGCUGCUGACAUUAGUUUACUGAUGAUUCUGCUAUUACCUGAGGUUUCAAGACUACUUAUAGAUUUUUUUUUUUGCCUGUGAACUGGGGUGAGAAGACAGAGUUUUUUUUUUUUUUAGUUUUUAAAAAAAAUUAUUAUUUUUAUUUUUUUUCCUUCCCUCUCCUAUUUCUUGUAGGCUAAAAGAAAAGUUGAAUUAUUAAAUAGUCAUCAGUAAUCUCUUUUUGGUACAACUACAUUUUUGUACAAUAACAUAGUAUUAUGUCAAAUAUUUGUAAAGUGCUGCUUUAUUCAAUAAAAAUAUAUAUCACAAAUAAAAAA